AGAAGCUGGGCGUCGCCUCCCCUCCCCUCCACUGCCUUUCUGCCGUGCCUUGGCUGCUUUAACUGCCUGUCUGAGUGGCGCGCUCUUACGCACAGAGGCGCUGCCGGGGAAAUGGCGUUGAACUCGGCCUGGAAGCAAAUGUCAUGGCUCUAUUACCAGUACCUGCUGGUCACCGCGCUCUAUAUGCUGGAGCCUUGGGAACGGAAGGUGUUCAAUUCCAUGUUAAUAUCCAUCCUUGGAAUGUCACUUUACACUGGCUAUGUUUUCAUGCCUCAGCAUAUUAUGGCAAUAUUGCACUAUUUUGAAAUUGUGCAGUGAUGAAGAAUGUCCUAAGUAGUGACCAGUCAGAAGGUGAAGAACUGUCCAUCUACAAUUAAGGAGUUCUACAAAUGACAAAGCAAGCAAGGUGUGAUUGCAUCCACAACUGGCAGUCACCACUAAGGGAUGCAACAUAGCCUUUUUGGUGGCAUUUUUUCUUUAUAAGAUUCCCUUGUGUAGUAAUUUGUCUAUUAACAUUGUGAUUGUUUGUACCUCUGAUAUCAGUAUUUUCUUAACUUUGUGACAGUCCCAGUAUUACACUGUAAAAGCUUUUCUUAAUGUAACUUUGAGUACAUUUUGCCUUCUAUUUUUAAUCAAAAACCAUCUUAUUAAAUGGGGCUUAAAGCUUUUGCUAUUGUAUGGUAUAUGUCCAUCUGGGUAUAUUUCUAGUAACACAUUUUCUAAGAAAAAAGUGUUUAGAUUCGUAUGGAGAUGUGGAUAUAUUCAUGGAAUCUUACAAAACUUUGUUUGUAAGACCUAACUCAGGUGCUUCAAUUGCUGUCUGGAUUGUUCAACUGAAUAUUUGUGUAUCAUUCUAUUUUGCUUUAGUAAUAAAUGGAAAGCCUUUGUUCCAUUUGGAAAAGAAUAUGACCACCUAGCACCAUAUGUAUGGAACAAUAUUUUGUAAGGAGAAAGUGCUGGACCUAACUCUGAUCUGCGCACAAAGGCUUAGUUUUAUGCAUGCCACCUGGAGUUUUGUGAUAACAUCUUAAACCUGCUAUUAUAGCUUCUAACUGUAUAUGUUUGUUUCCCAAGGAGCAUAUUUUAAUAUAGACUGAGUUUAAAGAC